ACGUCAUCAGCCCGCGCCGCUGUGUACAGCAGAGACCGGAGAGAGGUGACGUCAUCAGCCCGCGCCGCUGUGUACAGCAGAGACCGGAGAGAGGUGACGUCAUCAGCCCGAGCCGCUGUGUACAGCAGAGACCGGAGACCGGAGAGAGAUCAUGGGGACCGGAGCGGAUGUGCGGGACAUCUUGGAGUUGGGGGGAGUGGAUUCGGAGACCCCCGGGAUAAUCAGUAAGAAGGACAUUAUAAACGCUGACAAGAAAAAGUCCAAGAAAUCUUCAGAGACCCUCACAUUCAAGAGGCCGGAGGGCAUGCACCGCGAGGUCUACGCUCUACUGUACUCCGACAAGAAGGACGCGCCUCCAUUACUCCCCAGUGACACUACACAUGGUUACCGCACGGUGAAGGCAAAGUUGGGCUGUAAGAAGGUGCGACCGUGGAAGUGGAUGCCGUUCACCAAUCCCGCCAGAAAAGACGGCGCCAUCUUCUACCACUGGAGACGCGCCUCGGAGGAGGGGAAGGAUUACCCAUUCGCCAGGUUUAAUAAAACGGUGCAGGUUCCUGUGUAUUCGGAGCAGGAGUAUCAGAUGUACCUCCAUGAUGACGGAUGGACCAAGGCCGAGACCGACCACUUGUUUGACCUCUGCCGGCGCUUUGACCUGCGCUUUAUCGUCAUUCAUGAUCGCUACGACCACCAGCAGUUCAAGAAAAGGUCGACAGAGGAUCUGAAGGAUCGGUACUACGCCAUCUGCGCCAAGCUGGCAAACAUUCGCGCUACUCCUGGAACGGACCUGAAGAUCCCGGUGUUUGACGCGGCUCAUGAGAGGAGGAGGAAGGAACAGCUGGAGAGGCUUUAUAACCGGACCCCGGAGCAGGUGACAGAAGAAGAAUAUCUCAUCCAGGAGCUGCGUAAGAUCGAGAGCCGGAAGAAAGAGCGAGAGAAGAAAGCCCAGGACCUCCAGAAACUCAUCACCGCCGCCGACACCACCACCGAGCUGCGCCGCGCCGAGAGGAAAGCCACCAAGAAGAAGCUGCCCCAAAAGAAGGAGACUGAGAAACCUGCUGUACCUGAAACGGCCGGGAUCAGAUUUCCAGACUUCAAGUCGGCGGGGGUGACGCUGCGCAGCCAGAGGAUGAAGCUUCCCAGCUCAGUCGGACAGAAGAAGAUUAAAGCUCUGGAUCAGAUGCUGGCGGAACUCGGAGUAGAUCUGAACCCGAUGCCGACCGAGGACAUUGUGCAGAUGUUCAAUGAAUUGCGCAGCGAUCUGGUCCUGCUCUACGAGCUCAAACAAGCCUUCUCCAACUGCGAAUACGAGCUACAGAUGCUCCGCCACCGCUACGAGGCGCUAUCUAAAACUGGGACCACCGCCAUGGCCGCACUGGUAGAGGGCUCCAGCGGGGAGAGCCAGGCGCCGAUCAGCACUGAGGAGAUCAAACUGGAAGGGAAGGACCCCAUUAUAGAUGUCGUGGGGGCCCCUCUGACCCCCAACUCGCGGAAGAGAAGAGAAUCGGCCUCCAGUUCAUCAUCCGUGAAGAAGAUGAAGAAGCCUUGAGGUUCCUGGCAGCGACCAGUGAGAGAGUUUGGGUGGGCUCCAGCAUCUGUGCGCCCACCGGGGGGUGACUGCCGCCAGGAGCCGCUGACCUUCUGCAGGAGGGGGAGGGUUAAUUUAUGUAAAUAUGUUUUAUGUUAGUGAUUAGAGAAUUAGAUAUUGAGAUGGAGCGGCCGGGAAUCUGGAACGUGGACGUCAUUGUGAGCGCAGGAGCCGGAACCUUCUCCAGGGAAACCAGAUCCAGGAGGGAUUCUCUGCACUUUGGGCGGUCGGGAUCAGCAGACGAGGGGAAGAAGAUGAUUGGCCGCUCUGUAUGAUAUGAAGGGUCCGUCCCCCGUGUGUUCAGUCAUUACAAUGUAGCAGUUUGUAGCUUUUACUUUCCCACGCCUGCACAAAGGUGUCAGACUCCACCCACCUGACCACCAGGCCAGAGACUCCACCCACCUGACCACCAGGCCAGAGACUCCACCCAUCCUCUAUUGGGGACACUUGUCAGAUUCCACCCACCUGACACUAGGGAACAGAAGCUCCACCCACUUGACAACACAGACAGACCACCCACCUGACAACAGGGACAGAGGCUCCACCCACAUGACACUAGGGACAGUUAUCAGGCGUAUAAAAUGCUGAUGAUGCAUCUUCACAGCUGAAUAAAAUAAACUGGAUUUGUACCUCUGUUAGUUCCUCCUGGUCCUGACCUUGGGAGGGAUGGGGCUCAUAGAAGGACAAUGGUGUAAAGAGGAAAACAAUUCAGGUGACCCCUGUAGUAUAUUAACCGUUACUGCUCCGGCUCCUGAUAUCCUAAAUAUGAGAAUCGGCCAAGAUGCGGAAAUAUUCAGGUUAAAGAUCAUUUUGUGAGGGCGAUUAUAUUCACAGUAAGGCUGGGUUCACACCACGUUUUGUACUUACGGUUCCAUAUACAGCGGGGG